UCAUUCUAAAAGCAAAAAAUAAAAUAAAACGGAAAUAAUAAUAAUAAUUAAAGAAAGCAAAGCAGUUAUCGGGAAUCUCCUGAACCAGCUCAUUUCCGUUACCCUGAGGCGAUUAAUGUCGUCUCACUCUCGCUCUCAUUAGUCAAACGCUUCUUCUCCGAUCGUCGGCGACCUCCGGUGGUCUCUUACUCUCUGUUCUACUUGAGGAUUUGUUGCUCCUGGCUUUGGUGGUGUGGGUCUAUGAAAAAAAUCUUCAAUGGACUGCAACAUGGUGUGGGACUGGGAUCAUUUGAUCAUGUCCAAUUCGUCAAAGACUGAAAACAACAAGAACCAGGCGUCUGCUGAGUGGGAGAUUGAGAAAGGUGAAGGGAUUGAAUCUAUGUUUCCCUGUUUCGAUGGCCUCGAGAAAGUUAGUGAUGGCUCUACCUCCGGUUUCUGGCAUUCACAGUCGACAUCCACUAACUCAUCAUCUCCCAAAGUCAAACAAACCAACCUUGCAUCAGAAAGUUCCCCUGGAGAUUCUUGCAGCAACAUAGAUUUGUUCCAGGUGAAGACAUCCGCAGCUGAAUCAGAUCUUUGUUUAAAACUAGGAAAGCAGACAUACUCUGAAGAGUUUUGGUGUAGAGACGAUAAUGAGCUUUCAGCCGUUUCAAGAAAGCAGAUGACUCCAUAUGCUCGUAAGAAACAGAGCAUGCAAGUCCCGCGUUGCCAAAUUGAUGGAUGUGAACUGGAUCUCUCAUCUGCUAAGGAUUAUCAUCGCAAGCAUAGAGUCUGCGAAAACCAUUCAAAGAGCCCAAAGGUUACUGUGGGUGGCCUGGAACGUCGGUUCUGCCAACAGUGUAGCAGGUUGCAUGCCGUAUCUGAAUUUGAUGAGAAAAAACGAAGCUGCCGUAAACGUCUAACGCAUCAUAACGCGAGGCGUCGCAAGCUGCCAGGAAUGUUUCCAUUGAAUCCAGAGAGAGUGUGCAAUCGAAGACAGCAUACAAAUAUGUUGUGGAAUGAGUUGUCUCUAAACACGAAAUCUGAAGAAACGUUUGCAUGGGAUACUACCACUUAUGAUACAGAGCCUACACAGAUAGAAAGCGGCUUUACUUUGAGUUUCCAGAGAGGCCAUGGCCCUGAUGAGCAGGUGUUUGGUGGUAGCAGUGCGUACCAAACCUCUGGCGGGUUCUCAGCAGGGAAGUCCAACUUUCAACUUCCCAGCAAAGCAGGUGUAGGGGAAUACUCAGGAGGCCUCCAUGAAUCGCAAGAUUUCUACAGUGCUCUCUCUCUUCUGUCAACGUCAUCGGAUACACAUGGGACAAAACACAACCCCGUGGUCGAGUCACAGCCAAUACAUGGCACUUACCCUACCCAUUUCAUUUAA